UUGUUAAAUAUCACUUUACUGAAAAUGUCAAAAAAAUGCCACAAUCACUCAAAAUUCCCUCUGAAAAAUGUUUUUGCAAUCAAAAUUAGCCCCCAGUGUCCUUAACAAAACCCUUCGUUUCUUGUCUUCGCUGUGUCCCCCCAAAGACCCCAUCAAACCCGUCGUUACCCUCUUGGAUGCCUUGAGCAGUGCCGGCUCCAACCUCGCCCUCCUUCUAAAACAAAACCCUGACAUACACGAAUUGCGACUCUUUGACGAAGACCACGACACGAAUGCGUUCGCUUGCGACUUGAAUGAAAUAGAUACGCGAACGAAAUUGAAAUCGUUCUCUUGCAAAUCUAUGAAAAAUGCCAUAACGGGGGCGCAUGUGGUCAUAUCCACGGGCGGCUGCCAGGAAAAACCUGGAACGACCCAGAGAGAGUUGUUUGAUAAGAAUUUGGACAAUGUGAGGAAUGCGGCUAUGUUUUUGGCGGAGUUUAAUCCGGAGGCGGUUUAUUGCAUCGCGAAACCCCCAAUUGAAGCUUUAGUGCCGAUGGUGGCCGAAGAGUACAAAAAGGCAGAGACUUAUGACCCGAGGAAAGUUAUUGGAGUGACAACAGUAGCAUCGAUGAUUGCCAACACCUUCAUUGCUGAACACACCAAUAAGGACCCUGGAGAAGUCCUCUGCCCGAUCAUUGGCGGCUUAAGUCCAAAAACCACAAUUCCUGUCGUCUCACAAACAAAACCAAACGUUCAAUUCAAUCCGGACUUGUACAAAAAAUUACAAGAAGCUAUAGCACACGGCGAGGAAACCCUUCUCUGCAAAGGUUCACUAUUUUGCUACUCGAAAGCAGUAGCAAUCUCGCGUUUCAUUGAUUUAGUCGUAAAAGCACUAAAAGGGGAGAAACACUGCGUGGAAUGCGCAUUUGUGGCUCAAACAGGCCACAUUGGGGAGUUUUUGCCAUACAUGACUUCAAUAGUCAAACUAGGCCCGCAAGGGGUUAUGUCCACACAUAUGCCUAAAAUAAACGAAAUGGAAACGUCUCGAUUGAGGGCCGCCGUGCCCCACAUCGUCGAGAAUAUUCUCCUGGGGCAAACAUUCAUCCAUGGAGACUUUUCAGUACCCCCAAAAUUUAAAGUAAAAAGGACUUGUGACGAACUUUUGAAACAGAAAGUACAAGAAUGCAACAGAGUUGCCGGUAUACAAUAUAUUAAUUGAC